AAUGCAUAAGAGGUCACGUCGGAGCACCUGCGUAGAGAUGGUAUGCACGUGUGUACACGGUUUGCCGUUUUAUUAGUGUAAUUGCACUAAUCUCAACUGUGAUUGUUUUAAUUUUUUUGCAGCUCCAGACUUUGGACCAAUUGUUUGCCCUUGUCAAGCCAGGAGACCUGAAUUUCAGCGAGUUUGUAAUUAUUUCUUCAAGCAAGGACUACCCACAACAACAAAAUGGCCACGAUUGUGGAAUGUUUGUAAUGAAGUACAUGGAAUCACUGUUCGAGGAAAAUGAAAUAUUGGAAGAGUUUGAUCCUAUUGAAGCCAGACUGGAUUGUGUUGGGAAAAUUGUCACCCACGAGAGUAACAAGGCUAAACAUGCUGUGAUGGAGGGAGUUAAGAAGCAAUUUGGAUUGAGCAAAACCAAAGUUCUUCCAUCGACAUCUACAACUAUACCAUUACGUAGUCCAUCAAGGUCUCCUCGAGACCCCCGAUUCAGCACAGCGAAGGCCAGGUCCGAAAACAUGUGGACUGGAAAGAGCAAGUCCCCGAAAACACGUCAUUCUAAAAGGCUGGCCAUAAGUAACAAGUAGUAUAUUACAAUGGUUACAAAAGUUACUUUAUUUAUAUAUUUACUAUGUUCAGUACAAUGGUUACAAAAGUUAGGUUUUAGGUCGUAAAUUAUAUUUAGUCAGUCAUGUUAUAUACUUGCAUCAUACUACUGUUAGGUGAUUUGGAAUUGCACUAAUGUUGGUGAUUUUAUAAUUUACUAUAGGGUAAGACUUGUGGUAGUUUUUAGAAUUUGGUGGAACUGAUUAUUAUUAUUGUAUGGUCAUUAUUACUAUUAUUGUGAAUAUUAUUUCGGUUGUUAUACUUUGCCAUUACUAUUAGGUUUUGGAUUUUUUUUUACCAUAACAAUAUGUGAAGUACAUUAUUCUGAAAAUGAAACUAACCAAUUUUACA